AUGGUAUGUUUUUUUUUAGCGAUUUUUUUUUCUCUUCAUUUUUUUUUUUUUCAAUUCCGUACCGUGAAUCAGACUCCAUCCUUUAACAACCAUAGUAACCGUGGUAUACACCUUCUUGAAAAACAAAUGAGUAAGGUAUUACUUAUAAGAAAACCUUACACAGGAUCACUUUCCAAAAUACGAGCGAUUCCAGCUCAUUCAGUUGUGCUACGAUGUAAUGAAGCUCGUUAUUUUUCAACCAAUCAUGGCAGUCUUCUUUCGCAGAUAUCAUCAACACCAGCGUAUUUAGAGUAUAUAACACGAUCAGCAAAUAAAGAGUCCCCAAAUGAAAGAACACAUAAGAAACCCAAGUUUAUUAUUGAACAGUAUUUGACUGACAAAUUCACUAAAGAAAUCGUUACACUUGUUAAACUAGGUAAAUUACAGGAUAUUGUUGAUAGAGCAGAGAGAUUAACUCCAGAAUUGAUUAUUUAUGUGAUUGAGAAAAGUAUGGCUGAUUGUCCGCCUAUGCCAUCAAAUGCAACCAAUGUUGAAGUUCCGUAUUUUAUAAGUCAUAAACAGUUGAGAUUCCAAAACCCAUAUUACAAAUUUAUAAAUUCAAAAGUUCCAUAUUUAUAUGACAUGGUGAAAAGAGCCAGUCCAGCUCCAGUAUUGUAUCCAUAUUAUAUCUGGUUAUAUUAUCACAUGAAUGACACGGAAGGUAUAGCGAAACUUUCAACAGUGAUUUCCAGAAUGAAUUCCCGUACGAUUGUUUAUUUCUUAUCAUCUUUUAUCCAUAAUUAUGAAUUAGAAACAUUCAAAAAAUAUUUCCAUACUAUAAUAAUCAAUAGCAGUAAAAACUUACCAAGUUCAUUACUUGAUGGAUUAAUUCCACAAUUAAUUGGACACAAUAUUGUUUUUGAGAAUUUAUUUUUUGUUUUCCAAUUGUGGAUGAAUUCUCCAAAAUGUGAAGCACCACUGGCAGAACUGAUUAGUUUGAUCUUACUUGAAUUCUAUAGAUUUGGAACAGCUCAUGAAAUUAAAGAGUUUAAAAGACUAAUAAAGAAAUAUAAUAAUCAUUACCUUAUAAAAACUAUAGAUUAUCAAUUUGAAAUCAUCAAUAGGGAGUACUUACUGUUCAAGAAGAAUAUAACACAGGAAGAUUUAGAUAUCAUAGCAUCCAUGCAACCUCAGGAUAGAGAUGUGGAAUUUUAUUAUCGUUGGUUAUAUUUUAUGAUUCGAUAUUCAAAUAUGGACAGUAUAAACUUUGUUUUGAAAUUAUACAAAGAUUCAGCAAGUAAUGUUCAAUUACCAUCAAGAUUCUUCAAAGUAUUACUUGAUUAUUAUGAAAAACAUGAUAAAUUUAUUCCUUUGUUACAAUUACUUGAAGCCUCGAAAGAAUCUAUAUCAUAUGAUCCAUCCUAUUUGUCAACUAUAGUUAAAACGUUUAUUUAUUCAUAUUCAAGAUUUGCUCCCCAAUUUGUGUCAAGGUUGAAUGAAUGGUUAGGUGAACCAUAUUUCAAUCUAACCCAAUUAUCUUCCCAAUUUUAUCCCUACCAUCUUCAUAGUAGGAUUAAUAAAUGGAAAUAUAAAGAACCAGAAUGGCAAGAAGUUAAAUUUUCACCAAAUAGAGAUGAGAAUUAUUAUCAAUCUCAAGUUGACUUUAGGGUGCAACAUGGUUUUAGAAAUUUAUUAGCUCGUGGAGUUAGACCAGAUUUUAAAAUGGCAUUAGAUACUUUUAGAUUUGGGAAUUUGGAUGAUAGAUUAUAUAUCAAGAGUUUAUUAAUUCAAACAAGACAAUAUAAUCAUAAAAAUCAAAAGACAUUGGAGUUACGAUCAUUGAAGCAUCCAAGUUUAGAAAAGGAAGAUUUAUUAAGAUAUUUUGAAACAAACAAGGAUCAAUUAAAUGAUUCACAUAAAUUUUAUUUUGUUCGUAUGUUGAUGGAUUAUGAUUUAUUAGAAGAAGCCAAGUUUUUAAUUGAUUCCAUUGAUGAUUCAUAUUUGAAUGAUAAAAAUAAAAUGUUUAAAAUCAUAUUGGAAUUAAGGAUGUGUAUGAUGGCCAAUGAUUUUGAAAGCAUGGCGGAAGUACUCACGAGAUUCAAAUUACAUGAUGAUCAACUUUAUAUUUCUCCAUAUUUAUUGAAUCAAACUUUAAAUAUCGAGAAUGCAUUGUAUAACAAACUUAGAAAGAAUCAACAAACAAUGGAUCAAGAAAUGUUAAUUUCUGGUAAAGAUUGUUUAAUGAAGUUAAGAUUAUUCAUUGGUGAUGUUAAAUUAUUAUUAGAAAAAGAUGAACAAGAAAUGACUCAAUUAAUUGAUAAAACAAUUUCAAUUCUUAACCAAUGGAAAGAAAACGGUAAAUAG